ACAGGACGGAGCUUUUCGACGCCAGACGUUCCUCUCCCCACGUUCCACCACGAUGUCCUCCCAGACCCCGUACUAUAGCCCCGUUAAUCCAGCGGCUUUCGGCACGCUAGCCUUGAUUCUGAUCGGGUCUGGUUUGUCCUUCAUGGCCUUAUUUUUUGUGUACGAGAUGAAGGUCUCGCACGACCACAAGAGCCGCUCCCUGGUCAAGGAGCUUUUCAUGGCCACCCUGUCCUCCCUCCUCCUCGGCUGUGGCACCCUCUUCCUGACGCUCUGGGCGGGCGUCUUUGUGUAGCUGAGGAGGGAG